UAAUUGAGUGUCAGAAACUAUAUUGUUACACUCAUUGCUGGUAAAUAGGCACACGUCACAAACAAUUAAGCAGAAGGAAUAACUCAAUCUGAAUUUUACCACAAUCCACCAGUUGGGAGAACACACAGCAGACAUGGCAGCCCUCAAAUUAAAGACAUUUAGUAUGGAAGAGACGUUAAACAUGGUAGAGCAUCGGACUGAUUCAUACUACACCAGUGACCUAGUGGUGAGAAGAGGACAACCAUUCAUAGUGAAAAUCACCUUUAACAGACCUUUGCAGAAAGGAGACAAGGUGGAAUUCAUUGCUGCCACAGGACCAGAUCCUCAGGAGUCUGACCACACCAUGGUUGUCUUUUCACUCUCUAAUUCUAGUAGUGAGAGUUCCUGGACUGCUGUUCCAGAUUCCAGUUCUUCACAGGAUACAAGCGUGACAAUCACAAGCCCGUCCGAUGCUGUGAUUGGCCGGUACAAGUUAAACAUGCAUAUCUCUUCCAAAAAGAAAAGGAUGUACUAUAAAUUAAAUAACGUCGUACUGCUAUUUAAUCCAUGGGCUACAGAUGACGAUGUCUUCAUGGAGGAUGAAAAUGAGAGGCAGGAGUAUGUGUUAAAUGACAGUGGCACCAUUUACUUUGGACUUGAAGAUCAUAUUAUGGAAGAGCCAUGGAACUUUGGACAAUUUGAGGAAGGAAUUCUGGACAUUUGUCUAAAGAUCUUAGAUAACACUGUACACCACCAGCAAGAUCCAGUUAUAGACUGCUCCAAGAGGAAUGGCCCUAUCUACGUGAGCAGGGUGCUUACUGCAAUAGUUAAUAGUCUGGAUGAAGAUGGACUGUUAGAAGGAAGCUGGGCUGGAACAUAUAGGGAUGGGACAGAUCCCCAAGAGUGGAUUGGGAGUGUGGAAAUCCUUCAAAAGUGGCAGAAAUCAGGUUAUAAGACUGUUAAAUAUGGACAGUGCUGGGUAUUUGCUGGAGUCCUGUGUACAGUUUUUCGGGCAUUGGGAAUUCCAACCAGGGUGAUAACAAACUUCUGUUCAGCUCAUGAUAAGGAGAAAAAUAUGAGCAUUGACACCAUUUACAGCAGUACAGGGAGAAAUAAAAGUAAAGAUACAAUGUGGAAUUACCAUUGUUGGAAUGAAUGCUGGUUUCUCAGACCAGACCUGGGAUUGAACUAUGGAGGAUGGCAAGUACUGGAUUCUACUCCUCAAGAGAUCAGUGAUGCAUUGUAUUGCUGCGGCCCUGUAUCAGUUCAUGCAGUGAAAGAAGGAGAUUUGGAUCUUGACUACGAUACCCUCUUUGUAUACUCUGAAGUAAAUGCUGACCGUUACACUUGGGUGCACUAUGACAAGGACGUAAAAGAGAAAGUGUACACAGAUACCAAAUUUGUGGGAAAAAAUAUCAGCACUAAGUCUGUAGGUACAUUGGAACGUGAAGAUAUUACAGUAAACUACAAAUACCCAGAAGGGUCCGAAGAAGAAAGAGCCAUUUAUCAGAAGGCUACCAAAAAGUUAUCUGAAAUGGGACACCUGAAAAAGGAACAUCUUGGAGAAAGAACAGGGAAAAAGCGCUCCAAAAAGAAGAAAAACGUUAACGCUAGCGCAGACAGCAACAAUGAGGAGCCAGUUACAUUAGUCAUUACAGGCAAAUUCAAGCUGAAGGCAGAGCCAAAACUUGGAGAAGAUGUCAACCUAACGUUGAUACUGAGAAGCUCUAGCAAAAAUAGUGAAACUGUGAAAAUUAAAUUAAGUUCAUCUUCUAUUGAAUACACUGGGAGGCCAAGUUCUGAGAUUUUUAAGGAUGCAACAUCUUGUACUAUAGCACCCAUGGGAGAAAAAGAGAUUCCGGUAAAAAUAACUGCAUCUAUGUAUGAGGAGCAACUGACGAAAGACUAUCUUAUUGAAGCGGUUGCUCUGUGCGAGUUAAAAACUAAAAAAAAACUACUGGUUCGCAAAGUCAUAGCUGUGGGAAAACCUCCAAUAGAAAUUAAGGUAUUAAGUUAUGCUGUGGUGGAUGAGCCGUGUGAAUUGCAAAUUAACUUCACAAAUCCUCUUUCUGUCCCACUAAAUGAUGGGAUACUGUUGGUAGGAGGCAGUGGUCUGGUGAAGAAACUGAUAAAAAAGAAGGUACCAAAGAUGGAGCCAAAUGGGACAGGCAGCAUUCUACUGGAAAUCACCCCGUACCGAAGUGGCAUGAGGCAGCUAGUAGUGGAUUUAAUCUCUAAACAGUUUCCACCUAUAAAAGGAUCUCACAAUUUCCAUGUUGAAAAUCUUGAUACAGAAGAAACCAUAGAUUUAACGGACAACUAAACAUUU